AUGAAUAAAAUAUAAUUCAACUCUUUACAGGUAAAAACAACUAAAUUAGAAUUCAUAAUUCCUAAACCACCAUUGAAUUAUAUUGUAAAAUAAGUUCAUCGUUUAAAAUGUGUGAUAUAGAGUAAAAAAGAUGUAGAACUCAUAAUGGAUUAAAUAAAUUUUAUUAUAGAAUUACUAAUUGCGGGAUAAGUAUAUAUUUAAUUUUAGAAUUUUAGUUUGGGACUCCCUCAUUAGCUUAUUUAAAUGAAUUGUGUAACACAUUAAAAUCAACUAUGCAUUCAUUUGAAUAAGAUUAAUUGGGUUUUGUUUUAGCUAAUAUGGAGACAUUAAAAAAGCAGACAAGUUUAGAUUAUCUAAAAGGAUUUAAAAAGGGCAGCUCUAGAAAUUUAAAGAUUGCUAAUUAACUUUAGAAGUAUAUAUAACUAAAUUUAAUCAUGUUUUUAGAAUAUAGAAAAGAUUACUUUCAGUAAUAAGAAAUGUGUAUGCUCAGUUUGUGUUAUUUUGGUUAGAUGAACAUUAACCAGAAUAAAGUAUAGCUUUACGUAGUAAGCGUAUAUUUGUUGAAACUAAAACGUAAAAUAAAAUAAUCAUUAAUUAAUUAAAAUAGACUUAUACAAAGUAAAUUAAAAGAAUUAGAUUUAGAAAAGCAUAAGAAAAUAGUAUGUCGAAUAUGUGAGUAAUUAAUAGAAGUAGAAAUUAUGGCAGCUCAUUGUAUAACAUGUGAAAAGAAGGCAGAAUAAAGCAAGAAAUUAUUAUAACUAAAUUUAUAAUUAGCAGAUGCAUCUUAAUCAGCAUAUAAAUUAAAGCAUGAUGUUUAGAUAAAGUUGGGUAAAUUGAGUUUAUAAGAAUAAAAGAAAAAUAGAUAGAAGUUGAAAAAAUAAGAAGAAGAAAAAAAACCAUUAAGAUCUCUUAGAAGGACUCACACUAUCCAUUUAUAAGACAAUAAACUCUAGUAAGAAGAAGAAGAAAAGAAUAAAGCCAAAAAAUAAUUGGCUUUUAUAAAUUCUGUUAUGACUAUUAUAGUAAAUUAUACUGAAAAGGUUUUAAAUAGUAAUAUUAAUAAUGAAGAUAAUAAAUGUAUUCAUAAAAUCUAUAUAUUUAGUAAAUCGAAUAACAUUUGAUGAGUUAACUGAAGCAAAAUGUAAUUUAGAAAAUGAUCAAAAUAAUGAAGAAGUACUUGAUAUAAUAGAUAAAGCACGUUCAUGUAUGUAUGAUAGAAUGGAGUAUUUUAAAAUUAUAUAAAAUUUGGAAUCAUAAUAAAUUUAAGAAAGUUAAAAGAUCAAACAAAAAAGUGAAAUAGAUUUAAAAUAAAAAUAUAAGAAUUCAAAUUCAAGUUCAUUUAGAGUUUCAAAAUUUAAUAAUAUAACUACAACUAUCUAAUAAAAACUUAAAAGAAAUGAUACUAUCUAUGAAGAAGAUGAUGAAUUUGUUGGUUAAUCACCAAAAAAUGCCAACAAUUAAAAUAAAAAAUAGAACCUUACUAUAAUGUCUUUAAUUAAGUAAAUAACAAUAAUGAUUAUUAGUAAAGAUAAAUUUAAUACAAGUAAUGUUGGAAGUUUUAAUGAUAUUAAUAGAAGAGAUAGUUUAACAACUAUGUCAAUGUCCAGAUCCCAAGUGCUUGGAAGUAAUUAAAUCAAAAGAACAUUUUAAUCUAAAACUAAUACCGAAGAUUAACCUUAAUCACUAUCAAAUCCAGGAUCUAAAAUAUUAGAUAAAAUUGUUAAUCUAUCAAAUUCUUCUGAUACUUUAAUAAGUCCAAAAUCUAAUAAACCAUCUCUAUUUUUUAAGGCUUAAUCUCCUAGAAUUGUUGAUUCUGUAAUUGAAUCUUCUAAUUAAUCUCCAACUGCAAUAAUAGGAUAAUUUGAUUUUUAGGAUGAAAGUCCUCGAAAUUAGAAUAUCUGUUCUUUUGCAGAUUUUGCUUAAUGUGAUUCUGAUUAAGAAAUUUCAAUGAAAAAAUAGUUGAUUCCAUCAAUAGGAGUAGGUAGACAAGUAGAUUCAAUUGAAGAAAUAUAAAAAGACAGAGAAUCAAAUGUUUUAAAUUCAUUAGAAAAUAUUAAUUAAUGUUAAUCUGAUUAAGAGAUAAAUUAAAUUCAGAUGUCAAAUCCCAAUUCAAAUCAGGAAAUGAAAAGGUCUUCUUAAAACAGUAUGAAGAAUAGUGGCAAAAAUAAUAUAAUGAUAAAUUAACCAAUUCAUAUGAAUGAACAAGAUUUACAAUAAUAAUUACAUAAUUAACUAGGAGCAAGAAUUGAAAUAGAAUAAAUUAUUGAAGAAUCUUCAAGUUAAAAUUCACCUCAAAAAUUGGUUUAAUAAGAUUUGAAUUAAAAUCGUUUAUCUUCCAAUGAAAAAUUAAUUAUUCUCUAGAAGGAUGAAAUCAAUUAAGAGGCUGAUAUAAAUCAAUCUUUGAAUUAACCAAAAAAAGGUUAGUUUAAUCCAUAAAAUUCCAGAAAUAAUAAUAAGAAAUAAAGUAUGGUAUAUGCUCCAGAAAAAUCUAAAUAAUCAUUUGAUUUUGAAGUCAUAACUGUAGAUAGAGGUUAUAAUUCAGAUUCUGAACUUGUUAGUAUAAAUGCAGAGAAAGCUAAUUAAUCUUAAGAAAUUGGAUUGAAAGAUUUUGAAUUCAUCAAACCAUUAGGAUAAGGGGCAUUUGGAUGGGUAUUUCUAGUUAAAAAGAAAACAUCUGGAGAUUUAUAUGCAAUGAAAAUCAUUGAUUGUUCAUAAAAAGUAUAUUAUAUUUAAAUUAAUAAAAGUAAUUAGAAACUUAGCUAGAUACUUUAAAAGCAGAAAGAAAUAUCUUUGAAAUUUUAUCAGGAGAUUUUGUAGUUAAAGCAUACUAUUCAUUUAGUCAUGAAUAAAAUUUAUGCUUUGUCUAAGAAUAUAUGGUUGGAGGAGAUUUCUCAAAUAUUCUAAAGAUGUAUACGGUAUAAAUUUCUAUAACAUUAAGGCUUUAGAUGAGGAAUACGUUAGACAUUAUAUAGCUGAAGUAGUUUUGGCUUUAGAAUAUUUAAGAUCCAAAAAGAUUGUUCAUAGAGAUUUAAAACCAGAUAAUAUUCUAUUAGAUAAAUAAGGUCAUGCUAAAUUGGCUGAUUUUGGAUUAUCAGAAGUUGGUUUCAAUAAUAGAUUAAAACUGAAAUUGAGACAAUAAGACAUUGAAUCGUAAUGAUUAUUCUUUUUAUAUUAAGAAACACCAUUCCAGAAUUUGCUGAUCGUAAUGAUCAAUAAUAUGAUACUAUUUUUGAUCUAAAAUUACCUUAAGCUUAAUAGACUAUUAGAGCAAGUAUUUAAAAUUAUAGCAGUAAAAAUAAAAGAAUUGUUGGAACUCCAGAUUACAUUGCUCCAGAAGUCUUAAAAGGAGAAUCAUUAACUAAUAGUAGUUUAGAUUAUUGGAGUUUAGGGGUCAUCAUGUAUGAAAUGCUUUGUGGUAUUCCACCAUUUAAUGAUGAUUCUGUUGAGAAGAUAUUUGAUAAUAUUUUAAACUACAGAAUUUAAUGGCCAAAUGUGAGUGAUUUUGAAGAGGAAAGUAUAUCUCAUAAUGCUUAUGAUUUAAUGUGUCGAUUAAUGGAACCAGAUUAUACAAAAAGAAUUGGACAUUAAGAUAUUAAUGAAAUAAAAAAUCAUCCUUUUUUUUAAGGUAUUAAUUGGAAUACAAUACUUUCUAUGCCUGGUUUAAUUGUACCUAAGAUGGUUUUAAAAGAAACUGAAGUUGAUGGUAAAAAUUGUGAAAAAGUCUAAUAAUUCUUAAAUAAUUUAGAAAAGAAAGAAGUUAAAAAUUAAACUUUAGCAUAAAAGUUAAAAAGUUAGCUAUCCAAUUUAGAAAGAUUAGAUUUAUUAGUUAAAUUAAGUUUAGAAGAAGCAAAUGAUAAACUGUAAUUAUUUAAAUUGAUUAUAGUUCUAAAAUAAGGACAGAAGAAAAUAAAUUAAAAAGAACCUUAAACAAAAUUGAUCAUUAUGAACAAGAACAUUAAGUUUAAAUGUUACUAUUGUAUGAAGAUGUUUUUUGA